UGUGGCAGCAUCCCUUAUCAGUUCAUUACCAGCCGUUCGAGCAGUAAUAGCGUUUUCCGUUUUAAGUGUCACUCUGCAUACUCUUCCCAAAUUUAAUCUCAGUAAAAAUCUGUCUUUUCUGAACAUAAAAAGUGUGCUCUCAUCUCAAUAAAGCCAUGCUGGACAUCAAACUAAACCAAGUUCGGCUCGAACCGAUAACGGAUGAGUACCACAACGAUGUUAUCGAGCACCUACGCAGGACGUUCUUUGCCGACGAACCGCUCAACAAAGCGGUCAACCUCACGCGGCCAGGACAGGGACAUCCGCUCCUGGAACAUCACAGUCUGUCCACGUUACAUGAUGGCGUUAGUGUUAUGGCAAUAACCAACGAAGGCGAAAUUGCUGGAGUUGCCCUUAACGGUAUCUUGCAUGGAAAUCGAGACAUUGAACAUUCGCUGGAAAAACUCAACAGCAUUAAGGAUGAAAAUUUCAAGAAAAUUUUCAAAUUACUUUAUGAGCAGAACCUGCGAAUAAAUCUCUUCAAACAGUUCGACGUGGAUAAGAUUUUCGAGAUAAGAAUUUUAUCUGUUGACUCAAAGUUCCGUGGGCAAGGACUUGCGAAACGACUCAUGGAGAAAAGUGAACAAAUAGCAGUUGAACAAGGUUUCCAGAUGAUGAAAACAGACGCAACUGGAGCCUUUUCACAGCGUGUGGUCAGUUCCCUGGGAUUCGUCACCAAGUGUGAAAUCAAAUACACCGACUAUCUGGACGAGCAAGGCGAUCAAAUCUUCGUAGUUGAACAACCUCAUGAGAAGCUCAAGAUUAUGUGCAAAGCUAUAAACUAAACGGUGCCCAGCAUCUUCUAUUGUUGGAUCGAAUAUUCUCAUAGUAUGUGUAUGUAUUUCGCACGCUGGCGUAGCGGUUAAAUAACGACAAUAUUUAUGACACUGGUGAAUUAACUGAUACAAUCAUGAAAUACACUAAAAAUAAUACACUGAUUAAUCUCUACACCCAAGAUGUUAAAUGUUAGAUUGAUAAACACUUUAUCGAAACAACUAUUAUAAAUCAACGCAAUUUAACAUGUUGUAGAAAAUUGUGAAAAAAUUACAUCGAUUAAAUAACCAUAUUCAGUUUCGUUUGAGUAUUGUUGAAAAAUAAAGUUUAUAUAUGUAUAAGCUUUACACGUCUGACGCAUCAAAUAAAAUGUAAAACAUUAUUGAUACUAUAUACAGUCAUGAAACUAACAACUCACUUGUCGAAAAGUUACAAGAUUACCAGAAGCCGACCAAUUUUAAGCGAUACGUGUAUCCUGAUUUUGAAACUUAUAUUUAAAGAAACGAGAUAUUGAUAAACAUAAGUGUAUAAGUGUUUGAUAAAAAUGAUA